UAUAGUCAACAUGCUCCAACCAACGAGUAUACUUCUUCUAGUAAUCCUCCCCUGGUCGGCCAUUGCUGCGGACAACUGUGGGAUUCGUGGAAACACAGCGACCAUCAAGGAGGCUCCCUAUAUUGCAUCGGUUCAGUUUUCGAAUAAUUACAUAUGCAGCGGCGCUAUCAUCAACCCACAAUUCAUUCUAAUCACCUCGGAUUGUGUGAAAGACCACAAUAGAACUGCCUUUACUGUGCGCGUGGGCGUGGCCGAUCGGGACUCGGGACCCGUGUUGCAAGCUUGCGACAUAACUUUCCAUCCGCACGGCAAAAAGCGUCGUUACGAUAGCCGUCUGGCUUUGCUGAAGGUCUGCACACCUUUGACCCUGUCAGAAGACGUCAAAACAAUCGCGAUCACCAAAAGGAAGCCUAAGAAGGAUGCCAAGGCCUCGAUAUUUGGAUGGGGUUCCACCACCAGGUGGCAUCACAAGAAGAAAUCCUGCUGGGCCGCCUCCUCGGAGGUCCUUCGAAAGGACGAAGUUCAGAUGGUAGAUGUCAAGACAUGCGCCUCAAAACGAAAGCUGUAUUUCAAGCACCUCAGCGUUUCGGAUCGAAACAUUUGCACCGCCAAAAAGGAUAAACUCUGCUCCUACGAUAAGGGAUCUCCUUUAGUCAUCGACGGCAAGCUAGCGGCUAUUUUAAACAUAGGCGCCUGUGGAGUUAGGCCCGAUAUCUAUUUCAGUUUGUUCAAAUAUAAGAGGUGGAUAGACGACCACAUGAAGAACAAGUAAUGACCAAAAACUAACUUCCAUUGGCCAUUCCUAACAUCGAACUGUGUAAUGCUAAAGAAUUAAAUAAAUACUAAAUAUUUUUUAAAGGAAA